AUGGAAGAUCAUCACUCUAUGAACUCUAUGAUGAGAAAAUCUCUGUCUUCUGGUAAUACAAGAGCCACUUCUCAUGAGUCCCCUGAGGAGAGUAGUUGGACUAUGUACUUGGAAGAUUUCUUGACAAGCAAUAAUGAUGAUGGGGAUGAUGGUGAACGCAGUUCCUUCUCCUCAUAUGGUUAUGAAAACUCUUCCAUAAUCUCCGAUGCUGCUUCUGCGGUUACCAGAAAGUUGAGUGCUAUUAAUGGAGAAGUUUUAGGGUUUGAUAAUAGAUCGAGUUUCGAAUUCGACAGGAGAAAAACGAAAGAAGAUUUGCUUGAUGAUGCUUUGGAGGAUACGGCUAGCUCUCCGGUAAAUAGUCCCAAAGUUUUUAAUCUAAACCAGUCAGAUGUGAGACCAACACAGCAAAACAAUAACACAGACAUAUCUUAUACGGAGAAAGGAAGUACUUCUGGGCUGGUAGAUGAGAGAAAUGAAUUGGGCUUUAUUGGGAGGGAAAAUGACAGCACAGACCUGAAGAAAAGAGGACUUUGCUUAGUUCCUUUCUCUAUGGUAGCAAACUAUUUUGGAUGA